UAAAUUUUUUCUUUUACAGUGCGAGAAAUAUCAAAAUAGAGAAGCUUUAGGUAAUCUUUGUGCUGAUCUUUGUGAGUUGAAUAACCUAAAACCAAAUAGUUGCCUUCCUAAUCAUUUGGGCAAAGAUGUUGUUUUUGAAGCAACCUAUUAUAACAAACAUGUCGUUAUGAAAUCCAGCAAAUUGAACUCCGAUGAUUUCGAUCAAGUCUACUACAAAGAUGCAGAUGGGAACAAAAUACAUCCUAGCAUUGAUAUGUUUUAUUCUAUGAUCAAAAACACAAUUCAAACUGAGCUUGAUAUCAAUGUUUCCUCCAGCAUGGAUGAUAAGUCAUUGCAUCUUCUAUCGAAAGUAUGGACGAGAAACAUGCAGAAUUUUUUCCACUUGCCUUCUGCCAUGCAAAACGUUGCAAUGAGCAACAUUUGGUUUUUAGUUCAACAGACUGAGUAUUUGCUUAUGAAGUAUUUUGAAGACAUGGAUGUUUUCCCCAAGAUCAAAGGGACCUGUGGUCCUUUUUAUGUUGUGGAGUUCAUUCGGCCUUUGGAUAAUUAUUUCUUGAUGUUUUAUCCGUCCUGGAAACAAGAUUUCUUCAAAAGAGCUAAUUUAGCACUUAAAUUACUUAAUUUUUUGGAAGAAACGGAGAAGCACUUUCCGUUUUUGCACUUCUGUGAUGUCAAGGUUGGUCAUUUCGGCCUGGAUGAGCAUUAUGAUAUCCGCCUUCUUGAUAUGGAUAUGGUGUUCUUCGAGCCUUCUUUGAUCAAAAAUAUUGUUGCUAUUCAAAACUGCACAACUGAUGAAGAC